UCCGGCCGGAGCGCACGUCAUCGUCAGCUGCGUCGCAUAAACAAGGCUUUAGAGGGGCUCUCUCAUUGUACUGUAGGAGGGGGGAGGGGCAGAUGAGACUACGCUAGAGUACCUAUAUAAGUCCCGUCUGACGCGUGCUACAAUACACCACUUGCAACCUACCUUACAACCACAACACAGACCAAGUACUCCUCCACAUACACAACCAUCCAACAUCAUGGCCCAGUUCAACGUCACACUCGCAAAGGAUGCCCCGCAUGAGGAGCUCGACAAGGCCAAGCAGCACGUCAAGGACCAGGGCGGCAAGAUCGUCCACGAGUUCACCCUGAUCAAGGGCUUCACCGCUGAGAUCCCCGACGAUGCCGUCUCGACGCUUUCGUCCAACAAGCACGUCACCGUCGAGAAGGACAGCGAGGUGAAGACGCAAUAGAGCGGCUGCGUGCACGACAUGAUGAUAAGGAAGCAUGGGAUGAAUGAGUCUGGUACCGUAAAGGC